GUUUCACCCUUUUUCAACCCACCGAAAUAAGACCAUAAUCGACAUGUCUUUCCAUAGCACAACUCACCAGUGAGCAGUUCAGAAAUGUGGAUUUGUGGCAGAAAAUAAAAACCUUGAUGAUAAUGACAAAGGGAUAGGUGAAUGAUGUAGGUGCUGACUAGUUGAGGUGUGGUGGUAGCGAUGUACACAUACAUUGCCUAAAAGCAUACUAUUACCUUGUCUCAUACACUAUUUCAGUUCCUCUUUUACCAUCUUAAUGUUUUCUCACUUCUGGUCUCUUUUCAGCGGGUGGGUAAAGGCACAUUCCCGACGUCACAGCAUUGGAGUUUUUAGAAAUCAGAAUGGGAGGGGGCUUGUCACGUGCCUUUUAUUUCGAAGUUAGAAAAAAUUAAGGGGGUAGGGGCUGCGGAGGGGUACAUUGAGGACAUCGAUGUUUUAGCCAUCUGCAUUGGUAUUUGUGGGGGAAUCCUAUUGGCCGACUGUAGGGCUUAUGAAUAGCAAAUGUAUUAUUUUGUAGAAUACCAUAAACAUUUGAGCUCCAGCAAUUUUUUUGUUUUCUCUCAGAGCUUUAAAGUCUAAUUGUUGUGGACUAUUUUACUUAGCGGAAGCGUAGAAUUUUGGUUCAGGAGUGUUGUUUGGGUGUUAGGCUACUAAAUGAGUGCAGCACUGAAUUCGGGUGAUAUCAACGUAAGCCGGCAAGACGCCUUUCAUUGUACAUCGUAUUUUACCUUUGAGAGCUUUUUGGGCACUUUUAAUACAAGACAACAUUCAUUACUCCUCGUGUCCCCUUCCCCUUUCCUUUUCUCCGGACACUUGAAACACAAAAAGCCUCAAAAAUGGCUCAGAUACUGCCGAUACGAUUUCAGGAACAUCUGCAGCUGCAGAACCUGGGGGUGAAUCCGGCCAACAUCGGGUUCAGCUACCUGACCAUGGAGUCUGACAAAUUCAUCUGCAUCCGGGAGAAGGUGGGUGAGCAAGACCAGGUGGUGAUCAUAGACAUGGCUGACCCCAAUAACCCCAGCAGGCGACCCAUUUCCGCUGACAGCGCCAUCAUGAACCCUACAAGCAAGGUCAUUGCCCUGAAAGCUGCUAAGUGCCUGCAGAUCUUCAACAUUGAGAUGAAGAGUAAGAUGAAGGCUCACACCAUGACAGAGGAAGUCAUGUUCUGGAAGUGGAUUUCUGUCAACACCGUCGCAUUGGUGACUGAAGCGGCCGUCUACCAUUGGAGCAUGGAGGGGGACUCUCAGCCAAUCAAAGUGUUUGAUCGGCACGUCAGUCUGGCCGGUUGCCAGAUCAUAAACUACAGAACAGACGAACAGCAGAAGUGGCUUCUGCUUAUCGGGAUCUCGGCACAACAAAACCGUGUGGUGGGGGCCAUGCAGCUGUACUCUGUGGACAGGAAGGUGUCUCAGCCCAUCGAGGGACAUGCUGCAGCCUUCGGAGAGUUUAAGGUGGAGGGCAACACCAAAGCCUCCACUCUCUUCUGCUUUGCUGUGCGCAGCCAGGCUGGUGGCAAGCUGCAUAUCAUAGAGGUGGGUCACCCGGCUACAGGGAACCAGCCAUUUACCAAGAAGGCGGUUGAUGUGUUCUUCCCUCCCGAGGCGCAGACAGACUUCCCCGUUGCCAUGCAGAUUGGCACCAAGCAUGGCGUGAUCUACCUGAUCACUAAGUAUGGCUACAUCCACCUGUAUGAUCUGGAGUCGGGAGUGUGUAUCUAUAUGAACCGCAUCAGCGCUGAGACCAUCUUCGUCACUGCCCCCCACGAACCCACCUCCGGCAUCAUCGGGGUUAACAAGAAGGGACAGGUGUUGUCAGUGUGUGUGGAGGAGGAGAACAUAGUUAACUAUGCCACCAACGUGCUGCAGAACCCAGACCUGGGCCUGAGGAUGGCCAUGCGUUCUAACCUGGCCGGGGCAGAUGAGUUGUUUGCCAGGAAGUUCAACACGCUGUUCGCCCAGGGCUCCUACUCUGAGGCUGCCAAGGUUGCUGCCUCCACACCAAAGGGUAUCCUGCGUACAGCGGAGACCAUCCGUAAGUUCCAGAGUGUGCCAGGCCAGCCGGGCCAGGCCUCUCCCCUGCUUCAGUACUUUGGCAUCCUGCUGGACGAAGGCCAGCUCAACAAGUUUGAGUCUCUGGAGCUGUGCAGGCCUGUGCUACAGCAGGGACGCAAGCAGCUGCUGGAGAAGUGGCUGAAAGAGGACAAGCUGGAGUGUUCUGAGGAGCUUGGUGACCUGGUUAAGGCAGUAGAUCCUACUCUAGCCCUCAGCGUCUACCUCAGGGCCAACGUACCCAGCAAGGUGAUCCAGUGCUUCGCUGAGACCGGACAGUUCCAGAAGAUAGUGCUUUACGCCAAGAAGGUGGGCUACUCUCCAGACUGGGUUUUUCUGUUGAGGAAUGUGAUGCGGGUCAGUCCAGACCAGGGUCUACAGUUCUCUCAGAUGCUGGUUGCAGAUGAGGAGCCCCUGGCCAACAUCAACCAGAUCGUGGAUGUGUUCAUGGAGGGCAGUCUGAUCCAGCAGUGCACCUCAUUCCUAUUGGACGCUCUGAAGAACAACCAGCCAGCCGAGGGACACCUACAGACACGCCUACUGGAAAUGAACCUCCUCCAUGCUCCCCAGGUGGCCGAUGCAAUCCUGGGAAACCAGAUGUUUACUCACUAUGACCGAGCCCACAUCGCCCAGCUGUGUGAGAAGGCUGGGCUGCUGCAGAGGGCUCUAGAACACUACACUGACCUGUUCGACAUCAAAAGGACUCUCGUACACACACACCUGCUCAACCCUGAGUGGCUGGUGAACUACUUUGGCGCCCUGUCAGUAGAGGACUCUAUAGAGUGUCUUCGGGCCAUGUUAUCAGCCAACAUCCGACAGAACCUUCAGCUGUGUGUCCAGGUGGCAUCUAAAUACCACGAACAGCUGGGAACAAAUGCCCUGGUGGAUCUCUUCGAGUCCUUCAAGAGCUUUGAGGGUGUGUUCUACUUCCUGGGUUCCAUAGUGAACUUCAGCCAGGACCCUGACGUCCAUUUUAAAUACAUCCAGGCGGCCUGUAAGACCGGACAGAUCAAGGAGGUGGAACGCAUCUGUAGAGAGAGCAACUGUUACGACCCGGACAGGGUCAAGAACUUCCUCAAGGAGGCUAAACUGACAGACCAGCUGCCUCUGAUCAUAGUGUGUGACCGCUUUGACUUUGUCCAUGACCUGGUUCUCUACCUCUACCGCAACACUCUGCAGAAGUACAUUGAGAUCUAUGUUCAGAAGGUGAACCCUAGCCGGCUGCCGGUGGUGAUAGGAGGUCUGUUGGAUGUAGACUGUGCUGAAGAUGUCAUUAAGAACCUGAUCAUGGUGGUGAGAGGACAGUUCUCCACAGACGAGCUGGUGGCAGAGGUGGAGAAGAGGAACAGACUGAAGCUGUUGUUGCCGUGGCUGGAGUCUCGUAUCCACGAAGGCUGUGAGGAGCCAGGUACCCACAAUGCCUUGGCUAAGAUCUACAUAGACAGUAACAACAACCCGGAGCGCUUCCUGAAGGAGAACACCUUCUACGACAGCACUGUAGUGGGGAAGUAUUGUGAGAAGAGAGACCCCCACCUCGCCUGUGUCGCCUACGAGAGGGGCCAGUGUGACCUGGACCUUAUCAAGGUGUGCAAUGAGAACUCCCUGUUCAAGAGUGAGGCUCGCUACCUGGUCAGACGGAAAGACCCAGAACUAUGGGCCAAUGUUCUAGAGGAGUACAACCCUUAUAGACGCCAACUCAUAGACCAGGUGGUGCAGACAGCUCUGUCAGAGACCCAGGACCCAGAGGAGGUGUCGGUGACGGUCAAGGCCUUCAUGACAGCUGACCUGCCCAAUGAGCUCAUCGAACUACUGGAGAAGAUUGUACUGGACAACUCAGUCUUCAGCGAGCACCGAAACCUCCAGAACCUGUUGAUCCUGACGGCCAUCAAGGCAGACCGGACGCGUGUGAUGGAGUACAUCAACCGCCUAGACAACUACGACGCUCCAGACAUCGCUAACAUCGCCAUCAGCAAUGAGCUCUUCGAGGAGGCCUUCGCCAUCUUCAAAAAGUUUGACGUCAAUACCUCAGCCAUUCAGGUUCUGAUCGAGCAUAUCAGUAACCUGGACAGAGCCUAUGAGUUUGCAGAGCGUUGUAAUGAGGCUGCUGUAUGGAGUCAGCUGGCCAGAGCCCAGCUCCAGAGAGACCUGGUUAAAGAGGCCAUCGACUCCUACAUCAAAGCUGACGACCCGUCAGCCUACAUGGAGGUGGUCAGCGCGGCCAGCAAGAACGAUAACUGGGAGGAUCUGGUGAAGUUCCUUCAGAUGGCUCGUAAGAAGGCCCGGGAGUCGUACGUAGAGACAGAACUCAUCUUUGCUCUGGCUAAAACUGGCAGACUGGCCGAACUAGAUGAGUUUGUUAGCGGCCCUAACAAUGCCCAUGUACAGCAGGUGGGAGAUAGGUGUUUUGAGGAGGGCAUGUAUGAUGCUGCCAAGCUGCUGUAUAAUAAUGUGUCCAACUUUGCCCGCCUGGCGUCCACGCUGGUACACCUAGGAGAGUACCAGGCUGCUGUGGACAGCGCCAGGAAAGCCAACAGCACACGCACCUGGAAGGAGGUGUGUUUUGCGUGUGUGGCUGGGGAGGAGUUUCGGUUGGCUCAGAUCUGUGGUCUUCACAUCGUCAUCCACGCUGAUGAACUGGAGGAGCUCAUCAGUGACUAUCAGGACCGGGGCUACUAUGAGGAGCUGAUAGCCCUGUUGGAGGCAGCAUUAGGUUUGGAGCGUGCUCACAUGGGCAUGUUCACAGAGCUGGCCAUCCUCUACUCCAAAUUCAAACCCCAGAAGAUGAGAGAACAUCUGGAACUCUUCUGGUCCCGUGUCAACAUCCCUAAGGUGCUGCGAGCGGCGGAGCAGUCCCACCUGUGGGCGGAGCUAGUGUUUCUGUAUGAUAAAUACGAGGAGUAUGACAAUGCUGUCCUCACGAUGAUGUCACACCCUACUGACGCAUGGAAGGAGGUGCAGUUCAAGGACAUCAUUGCCAAGGUGGCCAAUGUGGAGCUGUACUACAAAUCCCUUUCCUUUUACCUGGAUUACAAACCUCUGCUGACAAACGACCUUCUGACCGUACUGUCACCACGGUUAGACCACAGCCGAGCGGUCACAUACUUCACCAAGAUGAACCAGUUGAAGUUGGUAAAGCCUUACCUGCGGUCAGUCCAGAGUCACAACAACAAGGGAGUCAACGAGGCCCUCAAUAACCUGCUGACAGAGGAGGAGGACUACCAGGGUCUGAGGGCAUCGAUCGAUGUGUAUGGUAACUUUGACACCAUUGUUCUGGCCCAGAGACUGGAGAAGCAUGAGCUGAUUGAGUUCAGACGCAUCGCAGCAUACCUCUACAAAGGCAACAACCGCUGGAGACAGAGCGUGGAACUCUGCAAGAAAGACAAAUUAUACAAGGAUGCAAUGCUGUAUGCUGCCGAGUCUAAGGAUGCGGAAUUGGCUGAGACCCUGCUGCAGUGGUUCCUGGAGGAGGGCAGGAAGGAGUGUUUCGCUGCCUGUCUGUUUGCCUCCUAUGACCUGCUGCACCCUGAUGUGGUGCUGGAGCUGGCCUGGAGACACAGCAUCGUGGACUUUGCCAUGCCAUACUUCAUCCAGGUCAUGAGGGAGUAUCUCACCAAGGUUGAUGAGGUUGCGGAGAAGGUGACGGUGGAGAAACUGGAGGUGUCAGAAAGCCAAAGGAAGACUGAGGAAAAAGUCACAGAACCCACCCCCAUAGUGUUUGGUCAACAGCUGAUGUUGACAGCAGGUUCCGCUCCAGUGGCUCCCCAGCCAGGAUAUCCAGGAGGCUAUGGAUACGCUCCUCCAGGCUACCCCACCCAGCCCCCCUACAGCUACAACAUGUAGACUACCCCACCCAGCCCCCCUACAGCUACAACAUGUAGACUACCCCACCCAGCCCCCUUAUGGGGCCCCCUAUUCCCUGUUUUGUGCACUACGUUUGACCAGGGCCAAUAGUGCUCCAGUCAGAAGUAGUGCACUAUAUAGGCUAUAAGGUGUCCUUUUGGGUUGCAGAUUAUGUAGAGCAUAAGGCCCCAGUAACCCCACAUCCCAACCCCUCUUACCCAACCUGAAUCACACUUACCCUACACAGGGAUCAAAUACAUUACAGAUGCAGCUUGCUUUCGGAUUCAAAAUGGAUUCCCUGCCUUGAAACCCCUGAUAUACAAUCUCUCUACUCUGAGACACACCUAGUCCACCUCUGAACACUCCAAACCCCACCACCAUACCCAACUCUCUCAACCGAAAAGACCUCCACUUUGCUCCCAUCUCCUCUCAAUCCCCACCUCCUCUUGCUCCCCCUCCCUCUCCAAUGGACUAGAGCAAGGCUAACUGACCCCUCUACUUAGGCUGGCCUGACCACCCCCCCCCCCCCCAUUCACCACUGCACAGCAUGGCGACAGCUCUUAGCUUUUAUCUGUUAGCUAUUUUCUCUAGGAGCUAACGUACACCACUCUGUCCAGGUAUAUUCUAUCACUGUUCCAUAGACAGUAUCAACCAUAGAGCAUAUUUUUUAAAUAUUUGUUUUUCUAGAGAUGAUAGAGUACUGGUAGUGAAGACUUUGUUACUGAGGAGCCAGAGAGGGUGUGGGUGAGGGGCUCAUCACGGAGUGCCCCCGCCCUCUGAGCACAGCUAGGCCUUGUACAGGAGGUGUCAACUGAGUCAUUUUUCACAUUUGUUUCACGACUGUCUCCUACGUUUGUUUCAUGACUGUCUCCUACGUUUGUUUCACGACUGUCUCCUACGUUUGUUUCACGACUGUCUCCUACGUUUGUUUCACGACUGUCUCCUACGUUUGUUUCACGACUGUUUCUGUUCAAUAGUUUUUGUUUGUCCAUCUGAACAGGUACUAUGUUGAAGAUGUAACACUAUACAGUACUAUGGACUAGGAUCACUAGUUAUUGGGAUUAUGGUGUACUUACUGUGUGUAGUUUAUCGAGCAUGUUGGGAUCUGUUGACAACACCAAGACUGGGAAGGUUUGCAUUGAUUCUCCUCUCCAAUGCUCUUGUGCUAGUUGAUAAUAUCCAAGUCAACAUGGACGUUUGGGUCUUUCCACUUAACACUGUGAGGUAUGGUACACAAUCCCACAGCUCUGGAGUUGAUGAUGAUGAUGAUGUGAAACAUAACUGCCAUAUGCUGAUGUCUGUGCAUGUGCUGCCAAACAUAUAAUGCUGUAACAAUGCAACCAGGAGCACAAUUUCCAUGUUAUUCAUUUAAUAAUAAGUAUUACCUAUGUUGUGUUCAAGGCUGAACAAAGGUAUUUUGAAGCCUUUACUGUCCCACCACUGACACCAACUAACAGAAUGGUGAAGAAAUGCCAAUAUUACACAAAGGAGAAUAAAAACAUAUGAGGGAAUAGAACUCCUGUAUAUCCCUGUGCCAGUGGUCCAGAGCUAUUUAAUGUACUGAAAAAACAUUGUAGAAUUUAAGAUAUGUUGUGAUACUUAAGGAAGAAGUUCAGUAUGAUGGAAUACCAUACAGUAUGCAUUGUCUAUAGUGUAUUGUUGUAGUUAGUCAUAAACAUGAUACUUUUUAAAACUAAAAUGACAAUUUACAAAAAGAGCAGAAUACAAACAUUAAACUCUUCAGCACGAUUGCUUGCAGCAGCCAUCAUUCUGGGGUUUGUUUUCUUCCUGUUCAAGUAGCACAUGUCUAGUGAGAAUGUUCUUGAAAACUACCGCCACGGUUUAUGGGUAAAUCUGGCCUCAUGCAUCCGGAGCUGUGCCACGACAUUGUACAAAUGUUGAAUUGAGGUUUGUAGAAAACACUGAAAUCUGACCUGUGUACACCCAUUACUCUCUGUUCAAGUCAAGCUUUCUCAAGGAUAAUAAAGUUUACACACACACAUUA